GACAGUUUUAGUGAGGAUGAAGGUGUGACUUCUGACCAAAUGGGGUGUCUAUUGGACAUCCAAUGUACUGAUUCGGAUGCUUCAGUGAGCAGUAAAGGGAGUUGUAGAGAAUGUGUAAUUCAGCAAUCUGAAUGUACAACAGUGGAAGAGAAAGUAUUUUGAUGGUGAAAAUCUUGGAGUUACAUGAAGAAUGUUCGAUGUUCGUAGCAUUGUGUCAGCCAUUGAUUGAAAUCUCUAUGGAGCAAGCUGUUGAAAAUGAUGACUGUGGCAGCAAAACCCUUCUCAAUGUUUUAUUCACAAGAGAAACAGCAUUCCACCUCAGAAUUGGUGCAGGAGAUACUGUUCAUAUAUAUCCACCUUGGCAGAAACUUGAUGUGCAGGGUGAAAAAACUCCUGUUAUUUUGUGCACUUACUUCAGUCAGAAGAUAUUUUCAAAAAAUGUUGCUGGAAUGAAAGUUAACAGUUGCUGUCCUGAAAAGUUACCUGUGUUCAAAAAAACUCCACUGUCUUUAGUUUUGAAAUUUAACCUCAUUGAUGCAAGACAGAAACAUUGUUUAACUGAUAAGGACAUUACACUAACCACAGGGAAUACAAAAAGUACAUUAUCGAUAAGCCAACAGGAGAAACCAAUACAGGUGUUGGACUUUGAACAUCAUUUUUCAGCCAAUAGUGUAUGUGACUCAUUACUUGAAGUAAUUGAAAGCCAGGGAGCAUCAGGAUGGGGAAAGAAAAAUCUGAAAGUUGUUAUUCAGAGAGUAUACUGCCUUCCUGUAAAAGAUAUUCUUCACAAUCAACUGAUUAGAAGCGACCAAACAGAUCAUUCCCUGUGUUCAAACAUGGGUCAACAAAAUGCAAGGUCAAAAGUGGGAAUGUUUGCAAAAAGUUCAGAGCCAUUCACAAUUCAUCAGCAAAUGAAGCUGUCCAUGCCUGUAUUACAGCAAGAUCAAGUCAACAUUCAGUACAGAUUGAUAAGUGGAAUCUGGAUCGACGAAGGCCAGAUCUGGCUAUGUCUUCUAGUACAAGACAUGUAUGGUUUAUUUAGUGAAGUUCACCAGCACACAUUUUGCUCAGUGGAAGAGGACUUGCAGGCACAAAAUGCUUGCUGGGAGGGAAAGACAUGCUACCUCACAGGAAUGAAGAUUCUGCACAGGACAACACGAGGAAGGUCUUCAGGGCUCUUCAGUCUUAUUGAAAGUCUGUGGCCUCCAUUGGUUCCUCCAAAAGUCCAUGGGCACAGUCAAGACAGCCAAGAGCACAUGGAUUUGUCGACUGAUGCAAUUCUGCCUGUUCCAAGUUUUUGCUACGUUCUUGCCCCUCUGCCAGGGGAAGGAGGAGUGGAGGUGGUUCAGAAUGAAACUAUAUCUGACCUCUACCGGCCUAGAAUAAUAAACAAUUUAAAACAUAUUCUUCAGCAAAUUCCUGAAAAUCAACGAUGUAGUUUCAAAGCAGAAGUCAUUUACAGAAGGCUCCAGGGAUACAGUUACUACCCUUCAAUCCAAAGGAACAAUUCCAGAAACUAUAGAAUUUUGGAAGACAAGAGCUCAAGAGCCAGAGGAUAUACAGUGAAGGGUGAUUGGAUAAUGAACAAAAAAUGUAAUGAGGAAGAACUGUUUUAUGCACUGAGUGGAUCAAAAUCCACUCAAUUGAUGGGUAAGAAUGAUUGGCUUUUUGUGACUGAUUCAACACUACAGUCUGCAAGUCUUGAUUAUGGACUACCAAGAACCCUCUCAAUCUGUGUAACCUCAUUCUGCAUGCUGAGUACUGAGGUUACUAAAACACUAAAUGGUGAAAUAUCCAGCAUCAUGAUGUUCAAAGAUGCCAUCGUUGAAAAAGAUUCUAUAGUAUGUGCUGAGGGUACUAUACUUUCACUUGAGAAAUCGCUGUCUCAGUGUAAUGAAAAUCAGGAAAUUCCUACAUUGACUGGAAAAGUUAUCCUCGAUGAACUCAGUGCUAUGACCAAAGUAAAUUCUAUAUGUACAGUUCAAGGAACUGUGGUUGGCGUGGAUGAGACCGCUGCUUUCUCCUGGAUAGUUUGCAACACAUGCGGAAAUGGAAAAUUGGAAAAGAUGCCUGGGGGAUGUGAACUAUUUUACUGCCAUCAAUGUGCUCAGUCUGUGAUGACACCUCUAACAAAGAUGCAAUUGGAAGUGUUUCUGCAUUGUCCUGUGCUGCCAAACAGUACCAUAAAAGUUAAGCUACGGGAACCAAGCAUUUCAUCCUUGCUGAUGCAUUCCUCCAGGGAUAAAGAAGGUUAUGAAGUAAACGGUAUUCUUGGAAAGGAGGUGGGGCCUCUCAGCUGCUUUGUCCGCUCUGUAACCAAUCAUCCAUCAAUCUGGAUUGGACUGGAAGAAAUCCGUCUGCUGCAGUUGGUAACUCAGCCUCAGUGAAACUUCUCACCCAUCAGCAAUCAUUGUGACAGUGAUGGUUAUAUGUUUGAUAUUUUAUGAUGAAUACCUGGUAUUGCAUUCCAUAUUUAUGAGUCUCAUGUAUUGUAAAUAAAUAAUUACUUUGGGUA